UGCAAAUGUCAGAAAAGCUAUUGAUAAACAAAUGCAAAGAGCUUGGCAUAACUAUAGACGUACGUUACGUGAACAUUUUAAAACAGUUGGAGGUGCAGGUGAUCUGACGAAGGCAAAGGGUAAGCCUUAUGAGGGUGUUAGCGAAUCGGAUUGGGAAUAUAUAUGUAAUUGUUGGAGCGACCCUUCAUAUCUGCAAAAAGCUUUGAAGAAUGCUGAGUCAUGUAAGAAAAGAAAAUGGAUUUCUAGAAACGGAUCUAAAAGUACAGCACGCCAUCACAUUAGUCGUGGGGUUGAGUUAAAUGCUCAUGUUGGUCAUAUUGAGACGUGGCGUCUACGUCAUUGGCAUCCAGAACGUGGUUGGGUAUCUGUAGAAGCUGAAUCUAAAUAUGAAGAAAUGAUGGAAUUGAGAAGAGAAAAAUCACCUGAAGAUUUAACUGAUAAACAAAUAUUAGAGAAGGUGCUUGGACGAGAAUCUGUUCGUCUAUUUGGUUGGGGACGGUCUCCCACUGGGUCCAAAAGAAGCAAAGGUGAUUCAAAUAUUCCAACUUAUACUCAAUUGAUGGAUCGUGUUGGAGAACUUUCAGGCACUGUUGAAAUGAUGAAAAAGUUGUUGAUUGAGAAGAAUAUUAUGCCUCCCAUGUCACAUGUUCCUUCAGAUCAUUGUUCAGUACCGCUUAAUCGUGGGUCAUCCUCUAUUGAUCGAGGCCAGCAUGUUGACGGUUUUGAGUACUCCACUUCUGAAUAUGAUAAUAUUGUUUAGAAGCAAAAUUCAUAUUAGACUUAAUACUUUGUAGUGUGGCAGCAGCUAGUUAAUGUUUUAUUUUGUUUGGCAAUUUUUGAUUAGCUAAUACUUUGCUGAAAUUGAAUAUUUUAGUUUGAACUAUGACAUUUAUCGUUAUAAUAUAUUAUCCAUUCCCGUGUUCCUAUUAGGCUAUUACAAAAUG